AUGAGCGGUCGUGGUAAAGGCGGUAAAUCACGUGCGAAGGCCAAGACACGGUCAGCCCGUGCUGGUUUGCAAUUCCCGGUUGGUCGUGUGCACCGUUUGCUGCGCAAAGGUAACUAUGCGGAGCGUGUUGGUGCCGGUGCCCCGGUCUACUUGGCUGCAGUGCUUGAGUAUUUGGCCGCUGAGGUGCUCGAGCUUGCGGGCAACGCUGCUCGUGACAACAAGAAGACUCGCAUAAUCCCUCGCCAUUUGCAGUUGGCCAUCCGUAACGACGAGGAGUUGAACAAGCUUCUUGGCGGUGUGACCAUUGCCCAGGGUGGCGUGUUGCCGAACAUCCAGGCUGUCCUUCUGCCGAAGAAGACUGAUAAGCCGAAGGCCUAA